AUGGGUCCAUGCGUUAAUUCCAUUCAUUUUUAUUCAAUGAAGGCAAGCUCUAUCAUUUUAUUUGCCCUUUUUGUGCUAGGUGUUGUUGCUGAACCAACGGUGGUCCCUACAAUGGAGACAUCAAUGGAACCUACUCCUGAACCUUACGUCCAGAAAUUUGAUAUUUUCGGAGUUAUUGCUCUUGUCGCUUUCUAUUUGAUGGUGAUUGGCGUUGGUAUCUGGGCUUCCAAGAAACAAAAGGCCGAUACGGCUGUUGAGCUUGCUCUUGCGGGUCGAAACUUUAGUGGUCUGAUGGGUAUUAUUACCAUGGUCGCUACUUGGGUGUGCGGAGGCUACUUGUAUGGAACCACUCAGGGAAUUGUCACUGAGGGUACUGGACUUGCUUGGACUCAAGCUCCCUGGUGCUAUGGCGUGUGCUUCUUCAUCGGAGGUCUUCUGUUCUGCAAGAAGAUGCGAGAGAAGGAGUAUAUUACCAUGUUUGAUCCCUUCGGAGAGAAGUUCAAGAGCUGGAUGGUGGCUCUCCUCUAUAUCCCUGCUUGCCUGGGAGAUAUCUUUUGGAUUGCGAUGGCUCUCUCAACUCUGGGUUAUUGCCUCUCGGUCCUCUUGGGUGUGUCCACGGUCGCGGCCAUUCUCUUGUCUGCAGUUUGUUCAUGCUUCCUGGCCUUCGUGGGAGGUAUGUAUUCUGUAGCCUACACGGAUGUCUUGCAGUUGGUGAUCAUGCUGAUCUGCUUGUUCAUCUGUAUUCCCUUCGUUGCCACCAGUCCUUAUGUCGGAGAUAUUUCGAAGACCAAGGACAUUUGGCUGGGAAGUGUUGCGCCUGGCGACUGGGGUAGUUGGAUCGACUACGCGCUUCUGAUGUGUCUUGGAGGAAUUCCUUGGCAGGUGUACUUCCAGCGUGUUCUUUCCAGUAAGACUGUCAAGGACUCGCAGGUGAUGUCGAUGUGGUCUGGAAUCGGAGCUAUGAUCUGCGCCGUCCCCCCCGCUCUCAUGGGUAUCUACGCCACGACAGUGGACUGGAGUCAGUUCCCGGAGGUGCAGACGUUGUCGGGAAAAGAGUCGUUCGCCCUUUCCUACAUCAUCAAGUAUCUGACUCCUACUGCCGUGACCUAUUUGGGUCUGGGAGGUAUUGCUGCUGCCACUCUGUCCACUGCUGAUGGUGCCUACUUGGCCUCGGCUACCGUGUUCACGAUCAACGUGUACAAGCCCCUGAUUCGCCCAAAGUGCUCUGAAAAGGAGGUUACGGUGGUGGCCCGUAUUAUGAUGAUUGUUAUCUGCAUCUGCGGAACGAUUCUGGCCAUUGUCUCGGACAGUGUCUAUAAUUUGUGGGUGCUGACCUCGGAUCUCAUCUACGUGAUGCUGUUCCCUCAGCUGCUGCUCACCGUGUACUGGCCGAACUGCAUGAACACCUAUGGAUCUCUGGUGGGCUACAUCGUGGGAGCCAUUCUCCGCUUCGGUGGCGGUGAAUCUACCUUCGGCAUUCCGCAGUUCAUUCCCUACCCCGCAUGGUUCCCUUUCCGUACCGUGGCGGUGAUUAUUGGAAUUAUUCUGAUGUUGUGCGUGUCCCUGUUGUUCCGUCACAUGAUCGUUACCAAGGGCAAGAAGGGAUGGGACUUCUUCGGCGACUACUACAAGCAGUUGCCUGUGAAGACGCCCGAUGUCUCGGCCACUCCCGAUUCCUCGGCCACUCCUGCGGAUUCCAGCGCUGCUCCUGCUGCUCCUGUUCCUGCUCCUGUUCCUGCUCCUGCGCCUACCACUACGACACAGGCAGUGAAGACAGACGCCGCAGCUCAGAAGUAGACUCAGAGCACCAAUUAAGUCUUCGGAUUUAAUGAUAAUAGACAGUUGUUAUGA